CAGUCGAUACCAUGACCGUAUAAAGCCUUAUUGCCUUUAUUGUUGGAUAUCAGUUGUACUCCGAAGAGCUUCGCUAAGUUUUAUAAAGAUGAAACUUAUUGUGAGUUGCCUGUUGGCCUUCGUGGCAUAUGCCUCAGCACACCCUCAUAGAUAUACACGAGAAGCAAACCCAUGUCCUCCUGGAUGUCCGAGUUAUUGUGCGCCAUCUUGUGUAGUUUCGUGUUGUUCUCCUCCACCUCCCCCACCCCCACCCCCACCACCACUUCCACCCCCACCACCCCCAGCUCUUCCAGGUCCACCAGGCCCAUCAGGUAACCAAGGCCCACCAGGUCCAGUUGGGCCCGUCGGUCCCGUAGGAGAGGCAGGUCCCGGAGGACCUCCAGGCCCACCAGGUCCACCAGGCCCAGCCGGGGAUCCUGCACCACCACCGCCUCCUCCACCACCAUGCCCACCAGUCUGCGCUCACACCUGUGUCAGCUCUUGCCCGGGAUGGUGUUGCCACGGACGCAAAUAGGAAGGGAAUAUAAACGCUAGAUGAUUAUUAGAUGAUGAACUCCCAAGCUAAAAUUUGUUUGAAUAUGAAAAUGCUAUACAUUGAAGAACCAUGUGAAUGGACCUAUGUUAAUUUUAUAAACAAAGAUUGUCAUUCAAUUUUCUGGAUAUAAAUAUAUAUUUACUUGUGAA